CUUGUCCAACAACAAUGGAGGCCUUCGCGAUGUAAACGAGGGAUACUUUCUCAUCUGUUAUUAUCUUUUACUGUAGAGAGACGCUAGAACGAAUGUGAACACCAUAACAUCCACAAGUUAAUAAUGGAAGUACAAAGCCAACCACAGAAUCCUGGCUCUGUUACUGAAACAUGUAAUGCUGGAAAUCGAUACCCUCAAGAAAUAUCCUGUCACUGAGACGUGUAAACACUAACUGUGAGUGAAAAUAUCUGGAUACAGGUGAUCUCAAGAAAGAACCUGUUACAGAAACAUAUCUAAUCAUGGACUGUGAGAGAAAAUUGGUGGAAACAGGUGAUCUCAAGAAAGAACCUGUCACUGACACAUAUCUAAUCAUGGGCUGCGAGCGAGAAUUGGUGGAAACAGCUGAUCUCAAGAAGCACUCUGUCACUGACACAGGGGAUCUCAAGAAAGAACCUGUCACUGACACAAGUGUAUUCACUGACUGUGAGAGAGAAUUGGUGGAAACAGGUGAUGUCAAGAAAGAACCUGUCACUGACACAAGUUUAUUCACCGACUGUGAGAGAGAAUUGGUGGAAACAGGUGAUAUCAAGAAAGAACCUGUCACUGACACAAGUUUAUUCACUGACUGUGAGAGAGAAUUGGUGGAAACAGGUGAUAUCAAGAAAGAACCUGUCACUGACACAAGUUUAUUCACUGACUGUGAGAGAGAAUUGGUGGAAACAGGUGAUCUCAAGAAAGAACCUGUUACUAAUACAGGUGAAACCACCGACUGUGAGGGAGAAUUGGUGGAAACAGGCGAUAUCAAGAAAGAACCUGUCACUGACACAAGUUUAUUCACUGACUGUGAGAGAGAAUUGGUGGAAACAGGUGAUAUCAAGAAAGAACCUGUCACUGACACAAGUUUAUUCACUGACUGUGAGAGAGAAUUGGUGGAAACAGGUGAUCUCAAGAAAGAACCUGUUACAAAUACAGGUGAAACCACCGACUGUGAGGGAGAAUUGGUGGAAACAGGCGAUAUCAAGAAAGAACCUGUCACUGACACAAGUGUAUUCACUGACUGUGAGAGAGAAUUGGUGGAAACAGGUGAUAUCAAGAAAGAACCUGUUACUAAUACAGGUGUAUUCACCGAGUGUGAGAGAGAAUUGGUGGAAACAGGUGAUAUCAAGAAAGAACCUGUCACUGACACAAGUGUAUUCACUGACUGUGAGAGAGAAUUGGUGGAAACAGGUGAUAUCAAGAAAGAACCUGUCACUGACACAAGUGUAUUCACUGACUGUGAGAGAGAAUUGGUGGAAACAGGUGAUAUCAAGAAAGAACCUGUCACUGACACAGGUGAAACCACCGACUGUGAGGGAGAAUUGGUGGAAACAGGUGAUCUCAAGGCAAAGCUAAUUAUAAUAGAAAGAAUCAUGGCUUUGAAUCCACGAUCAGCAGGUCCUGCUAAGAGAUACAACUCUUGUGGUGGUUCAGUAAAGGAGUCGCAUAAGUGUCGUUUCUGUGAGAAAACAUUUUCACAACAUGGUCACAUGGAGUCACACAUGAGUAUUCACACUGGAAUGAAGCCAUAUCAGUGUGUUGAAUGUGGGAAACGAUUUGCAAGAUCAGGUACUGUCAAGGCACACAUGAGGAUUCACAGUGGAAUCAAGCCUUAUCAGUGUGUUCAAUGUGGGAAUCGAUUUAGAAAAUCAUGUACCCUAAAGACACACAUGAAGAUUCACAUUGUUGUCAAGCCUUAUCAGUGUGUUGAAUGUGGGAAAAGUUUUGCACUAUCGGGUGAUCUGCAGAAACACAUGAGGAUUCACAGUGGAGUCAAGCCGUAUCAGUGUCAUGCAUGUGGAAAAACGUUUACUUAUUCACAUAACCUGCAGAAACACAUGAAGAUUCACACUGGAGUCAAGCCUUAUAAGUGUAUGGAAUGUGGGAAAGCAUUUUCACACUCAGGUGAUCUGAAGACACACAUGAGGAUUCACACUGGAGUCAAGCCUUAUAAGUGUAUUGAAUGUGGGAAAGAAUUUGGACAGUCAGGUAACCUGCAGGCACACAUGAGGUUUCACAGUGGAGAGAAGCCUUAUAAGUGUGUUGAAUGUGGGAAAGCAUUUGGACGAUCAGGUGUUCUGCAGAAUCACAUGAAGAUUCACACUGGAGUGAAGCCUUAUCAGUGUGUUGAAUGUGGGAAAAGAUGUUCACUGUCAAGUAAUCUGAAGAAACAUAUGAGGAUUCACAGUGGAGUGAAGCCUCAUAAGUGUGUUGAAUGUGGGAAAAAAUUUACACGGUCGGCUGAUCUGAAGACACACAUGACAAUUCACAGUAGAGUGAAGCCUCAUAAGUGUGUUGAAUGUGGGAAAGAAUUUACACGGUCGGGUGAUCUGCAUACCCACAUGAGGAUUCACAGUGGAGUGAAGCCCCAUAAGUGUGUUAAAUGUGGGAAAACAUUUACACAAAAAAGUAACCUGCAGACACACAUGAGAAUUCACAGUGGAGUGAAGCCUCAUAAGUGUGUUGAAUGUGGGAAAGAAUUUUCACUGUCAAGUAAUCUGAAGACACACAUGAGGAUUCAUAGUGGAGUGAAGCCCCAUAAGUGUGUUAAAUGUGGAAAAGCAUUUACACAAUCAAAUAAUCUGAAGGCACACAUGAGGACUCACAGUAGAGUGAAGCCUCAUAAGUGUGUUGAAUGUGGGAAGACAUUUACACAAUCACGUACCCUUCAGACACACAAGAGGGUUCACUGUGGAAAACAUUAAACUUAUAAAUGAUAGGUCAAUCAGUUAUUCCUUUAAUCCAUGCAUUAUGCAUUGAGUUUUGACUCCGAGAGAUGGGUACAUUGAGUGGGUGUUUGUGAGUAUGCAUAUGGAUGGGGAUGGUGUGUUUACAUGCAUGACUGGAUUGUGGUGUACGUAAGUAUGGGUGAAUUGAAUGUGUGUGUGAGAAUGUGCAUGUAUGGGCAUUGUGUGUAUGUGUGGAUGGUGGUGUAUGUAGGUAUGGGUGCAUUGUAUGUGUGUGUGUGAAUAUGCGUUUGUAUGGGAUUGUUGUGUUUGUGAGUAUAAGAUGAAGGUGAGAAAGAAUAUAGUACCGCUCACCUAUGUCUAUUAUAUUGUAUUGUAUCGCUUUCCACUUUCAUAAAUAUACUGAACAACAAAAGUCCCUGUGACAUUGAAUAAGAUUUAAUGCAAAGUUAUGUUUUUUACCAAAUCUGAAACAAUUUUGGUUUGAA